AUUCUACCGGAAGCCGAAUCCAAGCGCCUCAAGAGCAAACUAGAAGAGUUCGAAAUACCUCCGAAAGAGCGUUUCUACUGCGCGAACAAGGACUGUGGCGAGUUUAUCCCGCCAGUCCCUCAGCCAAUAGACAUUCUUGCCGAUUGUGAAAAGUGUGGGCACUCAACGUGUAAGCUGUGCCGUGCUCUCAAUCACGAGGGGGAUUGUGCAGGACCCACGAAGGAAGACGAACAAGCAUUUGCUCUCAUGGUGAAGGAGCGCUAUCAACAGUGCUCGCAAUGCUGCAGAGUGAUCGAACGAACACAAGGAUGUUCACACAUGACCUGUCCCUGCGGCUACGAGUUUUGCUACCAUUGCGGAAACCCAAUCCUCGCAUGUAACGGA